GGGAGAGAGGAAUUCACUCCUGUUUAAAUGGAAAUCUAGAGCGCACAGAGGAAAAAGAACGCAGACAGAGAAACCAAGAAAGAGAGCAGAUAAAAAGAAAAAAAGAAAAAGUGGAGACAGAUUUAUUUUACGCACGGGAAAAAAAACAGCAAACGAGUAGAAGAAAGAAAAGGAGGAAAAAAAAAAGGCAUCAGAUUUGUUUUCCUCUAAAUGUGGCUUUUUUUACUCUCACGAUUCAAAGAGGAUUCCAGUUGAAUUGAGCCGCUCGGGAGGGAUUGAUGGUGUCUUUUCGGGGAAGCAGAGCCGAGGGGAGGAAUCUGAAUGCGCUUGGCUGAACCAUGCCAGCCCUGUGGAUCAUAACUUUGGCCAUCACUUUUAACCAAGUGUGGUGCAUUCGCUUCUCUCAGGAGCCAGCGGACCAGUCGGUGGUACUAGGAGAACGGGUGGUGUUGUCCUGCGUGGUCUUCAACUACAGCGGCAUCGUCCAGUGGACCAAGGACGGCCUGGCCCUCGGCGUCGGGGAGGGUCUCCGAGCCUGGCCUAGGUACCGGGUGCUGCGGGCUCUGGACAUUGGCCAGUACAACUUGGAGAUCUCCAACGCGGAGCUCUCUGAUGACUCUCUGUACGAGUGUCAGGCCACAGAGGCUGCCCUGCGCUCCAGGAGGGCCAAACUCAACGUACUCAUCCCCCCUGAGGACCCGGUCGUGGAUGGAUCCCCAGAGCUCCUGCUGAUGGCUGGGACUCCAUUCAACCUGACCUGUGUGACCCGCGGGGCCAAGCCUGCAGCACAUAUCCAGUGGACCAAGGAUGGAGUCCCUGUGGAGGGCGCCUACCAGUCAACGGAAGUGCUACCUGACAGGAAGAGGGUGACGACCAGGAGCUACUUGCACAUCAUACCAGUCGACAAAGACAGUAGCUCGAAUUUCACCUGUGUGGCCAGCAACCCGGCGGUGCCGAUGGGCAAACGAGCCACUGUUACCCUCAACGUGCACCACCCUCCUACAGUGACCCUGUCCAUCGAGCCUCGCUCCGUCCUGGAGGGUGAGAGAGUCACUUUUACCUGCCAGGCAACUGGCAACCCUCCCAUCAUCGGCUUCAGGUGGGCCAAAGGGGGCGUGCUGCUGGAGGGGGCCAGGGAAAGUGUGUUCGUCACCACGGCAGAUCACUCCUUCUUUACCGAGCCUGUGUCCUGUCUGGUUUUCAACGUCGUGGGAAGCACCAACGUCAGCAUCCUGGUGGACGUGCACUUUGGCCCGAUACUGGUAGUGGAGCCCAGGCCAGUUACUGUAGAUGUGGACUCUGAUGUCACUCUGAACUGCAAGUGGUCUGGAAACCCCCCGCUCACCCUCACCUGGACCAAGAAGGGCUCCAACAUGGUGCUCAGCAACAACAACCAGCUGUAUCUGAAGUCCGUGAGCCAGGCCGAUGCAGGCCAGUAUGUCUGCAAGGCCAUUGUGCCGCGGAUUGGCGUGGGAGAGACUGAGGUCACACUCACUGUCAACGGUCCCCCCAUCAUCUCCAGUGAUCCAGUCCAGUAUGCUGUCAGAGGGCAGAGAGGAGAGAUCAAGUGUUACAUCGCGAGCACCCCCCCACCUGAUAAGAUUGUUUGGGCGUGGAAGGAGAACGUGUGGGAGAAGGAGAAGGGCACUCUGAUGGAGAGGUACACUGUGGAGCAGAGUAAGCCUCCAUCCCAGGGCGGGGCCGUCCUCUCCACCCUCACCAUCAACAACGUGAUGGAGUCUGACUUCCACUCGCCCUACAACUGCACCGCCUGGAACUCCUUCGGACCCGGCACCAUGAUCAUCACCCUGGAGGAGAGGGAUACUGUUCCAGUAGGAAUUAUCGCCGGUGGUACGGUGGGCUCCUCCAUUCUGCUGCUUUUGUUUCUAAUGGCGCUGGCCUUCCUCUUCUACCGCCAACGCAAAGGCAGUCGCCGGGGUGUCACACUCGGUAAGCCAGACAUCAAGGUAGAGACGGUCAACAAAGAGACCCACAGCCUGGAGGAGGAGGCGGCCGACGUCUCCACGGCAACCCGGAUGGUCAAGGCCAUGUACUCCCCGUUCAAAGACGACAUGGACCUGAAGCAGGACAUCAGGAGCGAGGGCGACACCCGGGAGGAGUACGAGCUCAAGGAUCCAACCAACGGUUACUACAACGUCCGAGCCACCACCCAUGACGACGUGCGCCCCCAGUCCCGUGCCAUCCACUACCAGGGCGAAUUCCGCUCCCCGAAUCCAAACAGUGGUCCAGCCGGGGCGUCUUCCAGCGGAGCCCCAGCUGGCGCCAGCGGUGCCGUUCCCCCCAGUGCAGUGCCAGGCUCAAGGGCAGGCUGCUAUGACCCGCGCCCACCUUCCAGGAUGUCCCAUGCCACCUACGCCCAGUUCAAUACCUUCACCAGGGUGGCGCAGAGCCAGCAAGCACCUCCCAAUCCAGCUCUUCAAUCGCCUGGAGAUUACCCCGGAGACUGCGGCCUGCUGGACAGCACCACCCAGCUGACCUAUGACAACUACGGAUACCCCUCCCAGUAUCCCAGCUACCGCAUGGGCUUUGCUCCACCCAUAGAGGAAGGGCCAUCCUAUGAGAUGUAUCCAACAGGACAAGGACCAGGACCAGGGCCAGGGCCGGGGCCAGGGCCGGGGCCGGGGCCAGGGCCAGGGCCAGGGAUGGGGCCAGGACAACAAAGUCCUGAAACAGGACUAGGGCAGUAUGGAACCUCCACCCGCUUCUCUUAUUCAUCUCCCCCCUCUGACUAUUCCCAAAGACACACGCAGCGGAUGCAGACUCAUGUUUGAGAAACACACAUUCACACACUUUGACUUGCUUUUUGCAGCUGCAGUACUUAUCACACAUUAAACAAAAACAUAGAUGUAAAAAAAAAUAAAAAUACAUAAACAUUCAAGAAUCCAUGUUCUGUUUCCGUAGCAUCCAGUGCAUGGAAUUUGGUUCAUUUUCUGAACCAAUAAAACACCACAGCAACAACUCACAGCAGUUAGCAGCAUCAUGUAUAAUACAGUUAGCAGCAAUACACGCACAUACAACACACAUUUGCGCAGACCUUCUGUUGCGUGCAGUUUUUAUGCUCCAACAAAAGCAACCGCGAGAACCACAAUCAAGACAAAAGAGACAACAAAAAAAGAAGAAGAGCACUUUGAAGACGAGAAGAAGAAAAACACCAGAAGCUAAAGGAGGAGCUGCAGAGGAACACAGUCGUCACCCUGCUCUAUUAUCAUCUUCCUGCAUCGCAUCUUCCUCCCACCCCAUCUCUGUAAAUAAGUGCAAAUGGAGAUAUGGGUCAUUUUAAAGUUAUUUCCUUGUACAAACCUAUACAGUGUGAUGCAGUACAGUGACCUACAGCAAACCUCCCUGCAAUCCACCCCCUGUUUGCAUUUUCUGACUCUCACAUAAUGCAAAAAACACACAAACACACAGAUCUUUAAAGACUUGUUUGUUUCGAUGUAUUGCAGCAACGGGGCAGCUUGGACUAUAUAUAUUUGGCACUUUUUCAUCCCUUUUCCUCACUCAAACCUGCCCAGUGGCCAUUUCUUUACAAGAUCUACCUUGAUUUAAGUGGGACAGUUAGUGACCAGAGUGCCAAUGCUUUUGUGCCAACACACACAAACUAUUACUGUAAGGUGGGUCUUCUUUUGCAAAGAUUGGACAAUAAGAUGGUCUGGACCAUAAGGUUUUUGUACGUGCCACAUCUUAGAGGAAAGGAAAGGAGUGGUAGCAAGUGUCUCUAUAUGCUCAUUCUUCUCCUCAUCAGUCAUUUUUAAUCAUCAUGAUGCAUUUCUAUUCUUAACAUUUCACUCAAGGUCAAUGCUGUGUACAGUAUUUGUGAAACGAGGUGUGGCAGGAGCGCUUUUUUCAUUCAAUGAAUUUCUGCAAUUUGUACAAAAAGAUACCUCCCCUACCCUCAAGUGUCAAAAAGUAAUUGUUUCUCUCA